AUGGGCUCGGCAGAUCAACUUCCAUUACAGUAUACUCCUUCUUUUCCACCUGUGGUAUACUAUCGCGACACAUUUGGCUUAGAUCCGGUGAGCGAUAGAGAACGAAGAAUGACUGAAUCAGGAGCAGAGGGCUCGGAUAACGAUAGUAUCGUUACAAAGUCUACAGGUAAGUUGUUUAUUACAGUAAUCUUUGUAAACCUCCAAAGACUCCCAAAUCCCACCGCUUUGGAACAAAUGGUGGAUAAUCCUAUGCUGACAUUACUCAUUCGUGGCGCAUUCCAGGUGGAACAACUCCUCACUAACCAUGUACUGACAGCAGAUCCUCGGACAUUGCUAGCACUGACGCUGGUUGCAUUUGCAAGCGCCAUUCAAGUGCUUAUAUUCGCCAUUAUAUGUGUAUUUUAUGAUGGAUGCCCAUAUUACAUUGGAGUUAUCAUUGGAAUUCUCUUAUUAGUUAAUGCUACAGUUAUAUUUAUUUUCUGCAAGUGUCGACCGACUAGAGGAUGGCUGGUUGCCAGCUGCGUGGCCGCCUCCUUAUCAUUUGUACAGAGUGUGUCGUUGUUCUUCUGGACAGCAUAUCUCGUCAAUAAUGAAGACAAGUAUCUCGAGCGAAUAGGAGCUAAUGAAAAUCGGAUUGUGACGAGCACCAGAAUAGCCAUGUACUCGCUACAGAUGAUAUUCUCACCUAUUCAUGCGAUAGCAGCGGCAAUUACCGUAUUCGUGCUGUACGACAAUAUGCGGUCACUUGGUGAAGAGAAGGUCACUCGUGGAUACUUCUUGAGCGAACCGCAGUUAGGGCAUCAGAAGAUCUUGGUGCCAAUCGAACUGCGUCAAGUACGAGAUAUGAGCGACGACGAGACCGAGAACGCCUCAAUAGGUGUGCAGACGAGCGGCACGAGAACGCAGCAAGUCUGA